AUGAGUGAUACGAAGUCCAUUUACUCGAUCCUAAACAUCGGCCACUGCACGGAGACUAUAUUCAGUGCCCUCCCUCGAGCGCACCUCAAGUCCCUUCGUCUAAUCCGCAAAGACUUCAACCAUCUUGUCACGCAGCAGUCGAAUCUCUUCUCAAGGGCGUACAUCUCCUGCGCAGAGCCGGACAUUCGUGCUUUUAAGCUGCUCGCCACUAGCCACCUCAGAGAGUACGUUACAGAGCUGGUCUGGGACACCACGGUUGGACCCCCCGUCAAUGUGCGUCUAACGUUCCCGCACCGCGCUGAGGACUUCGCCCUGAUCAGGAUUAUGGGUUCCUGGUCAGACGAUGCCCGAAAGGGCGUUGACUUGAAAAUAUUUCUGAGGAACUUUGCCGUCUUUCCCAAACUGAACAGUGUUGUCUUCACCGAGUUAAUGGGAUCUUUGGUUCACACUACACAGCCUGAAAACCGGCCUUACGAGUCCCCUGCAAUGAGGUCGUGGCUCAAAUUGGAACUUGGCCCCCUUCCUCAUAUCCCGGCUUCUACGGAGACGCCUCUUAGGUUUGACAUGGUUACCACGACGAUCGAUUGGGCAAUGAACUAUAUAAGGCGCGAAGACGCGGCUUGGAUCCCUCAUUUGGAACUCGGUCGUUACACGUCUGCAACCAGUCGAGCACCGAUUCUGUUCUUGGUGGCGAUGAGCGUUCUCCAGCAUAACUCGAAGCGCUUCCUUGUUGAGGCGACCUCCGAGAAGUUUGCACUUCAUGGCAUAAACGACAGCUCGUGGAUGAAAAAGUUGGAUGUUGUUGCGUCGCCCAGAGAUACCGCAUUGACAGGAGAGCCAUACGAUCCCCUACAGUCGCUCCAACACCUCUUCCUGGGCCUAGAUAAUCGGAAGGAAGAAUGGGAACAUCAUACGAAUCGGUUGCUUCAAGCUGUCAAAGCCCUGCGCUUGCGGGAGUUGGAACUAUCGCUGGUGAAGAAGGAAUGCCCGUACAACAUUACCAUUCCAGAUUAUACCCAGAUCCAGAAACUCGUACUGAAGAAGUUCGUCCUUACAAAUGAGGAAUUGAAGUCAACGACGCUCGAGUGGUGCUAUCAUGCCGGGCUGGAAAGUCUGCACUUGGUUGAUUGUGAGAUCAUCACCCGUACAGACACACGACGAGACGUUGUCCAGUGGCUUAUAGAGCUGCAUAUUCGUCCCUACAAUACCCCGACCUUUGGGUCGUCACCGGAGACAGAACCGCUUGAUAUGGGAUCCCGAGAAUUCGUUUUCUACAAUAGACUCGAUCUCCUGGCCGGUGGACCCCUGCGUCAACUCAAUGUCUUUUUUGAUAAGCUCGUUAUUUGCAAUGUUACUCCUUAG